GCUAUUGGAUAACUUAAAGGUCACAUUUUAAUAACUAUAGAAUAUUACGAAACUCACUGAGCACUCCGUGUACUCCGUUAUUUGCAAUGUCUUACCUAUGGAUAUAUAAAGUUAACACACGUUAGCUUUUUAUAGACGUAUACGUAAUUUUAUAGAUAAAACCUAAUUUAGAGGUUAACUUUUAAUGCGUCAUGGAGUCAAUAGUUAAAACUUAAAAAGUGAAAAUUUACUAAACACCGCAUAACUUAACACUUUUCAUGUUGGUGGUUUGCGGCCAAAAAACUAAAGUACCUAAUACAUAGGCAAGAACGCCAGCGUAAUAAGACUCGAAGCAUUUCGGUGCUUGUAGAAUAAUCCUACUGCGUAAUAAUGUUUUGGGUUAUUAUAAUAUAGACAAUACGGUAAACUAUUUUCCUUAAAACCGUGCGUUUCUAUGCGAAUGUUUACGCUACACGCGAAUGUUUAGAUUAGCCGAGUGUUAUGAUAAUGGCGGGGCCAGCCGUCGUAAUCAUUUUAGUACGAUCGUUACUACUAUCAGGUCGGCUGGCACAAGUACACUUAAGAUCAAUGGAAGCGGGUCACACGUUUUCAUUCUUCUAGAGUGUAUUUCCUGAUUGGCUGUGUGUAAAAAAAUAGAAACAAGUAUAGAAUAGGUGUAAAGGUGGUAGUGAAGUUUUAACCUCCGACCUUAACAACUUUCAGGCAGUAUUUUUAGGCAAGUUAAAAGUCAUCGUCUUCUAAAUGUUGUCUGCGAGUUGUUGAUGAUAACGCUGAAUAUUGAUUCAAAAGGCAAUUCCUGUGCGAGAAUGUCCCCAAAUUGUGUAAAUCUCUUAAGUUACAAUGAUGUAAAGGUUUUUAAUACGAAUGAUUUCGCUUGAAUUGUGUUGAAGUUUCACAAUGACUAUAGCUGAGCUACAGUAUAACCGACCUCUGACGCCCUGAUGCGCUUGUUGGCGCUCUGUUGCGCGCUGUGCCAUGCGCUGGCCUUGCGAGUCCCGCAGCCGCUGCCGCCGCACCACGACGUGGCGACCAACUCAGGCGUGGUGCGCGGGUACCUGGUGCCUCGUCCUCCGCACUACGCCUUCCUCGGCCUGCCCUACGCGCGCCCGCCUGCUGUCCAAGCCAGGUUUAAGGCUGCAGAGACUCCCGUGCGAUGGGAUGGCGUGUUUGAGGCUACGUACCGCGUGCGCUGCGCUCAACCCGGCCAGCGCGGCGACGCAGCGUGCCUGGUUCUCAACGUGUUCGCGCCCGAGCGGGCCACGUCGCGCCCCGUGCUAGUGCACCUGCACGCCGGACACUUCGCCACCGGAUGGGGAUCUCACAGUGCACCACCGCGUCUCCUGAAUUUGGGCUUCGUAGUGGUGACCCUGAACUACCGGCUCGGGGCCGACGGGUUCCUCUGUCUGGGCACGAGCGCGGCGCCCGGCAACGCGGGGCUGAAAGACCAGGUGGCGGCGUUGGCGUGGGUCCAUGAGAAUAUUGACAAGUUCGGCGGGGACGCUUCGCAGGUGACCUUGUACGGGACGAGCACGGGCGCCGCCGCCGCCGAGCUCCUGCUCCUGUCGGGUGCCAUCGACGGCUUCGUACAGCGACUGAUCCUGGAGUCGGGCUCGGCCCUCGCGCCAACUUCACUCAGCAGCGACCCCGUCGCCACGGCGAUGGAUGUAGCUACAGCACUAGGCUAUGAGAACGAUGGCAAUAUAACAAAUGACGACCUCGGUGUGUUCUACCAAAACAUCGCGGUUGCGAAAACGGUGAAUUAUUCUAACAGAUUUGCACCAUGUGUUGAAAACCUUGCAGAGUACUAUUCAGCUUUAUUGAUUAAAGAUCCUAAAGAAAUUCUUCAAAGAGGCAUGUUCAAGCCUGUGCCUCUUUUAAUAGUAUAUUCAAAAGAGAAGAUUUUAGACGAUGACGACAUGUUCCAUAACAUACCGAAUAGCUUUGAAGAUCUUUUGCCAAAUAAUUUAGAGUUCCAAAGUGACGAGACGAAAUUGAGAAUCGGUGAGCAGGUGAAAGAGUCUUACUUUGACGAACUGCAGACGGAUGCGGGUAUAAUUGAAAAUUUUGAAAAUUAUAUAAAUGAUGUGUUCACUGUGUACCCGAUCGUGAAGUCUGCCACCCUGCACGUGGCAAGUGGCUCCCCGGUGUACCUGAUGGAGUUUGUACCCCAUGAUGGAAGCAAUACCAUAUUUGAAUAUGUUUUUGGUAAAGAGGUCUUUAGUGAAGAAGAGGAAUUAAUUGCCGAGAAAUUGGUAACCAUGUGGAGUAAUUUUUUAUUGUAUAGUGACCCUACACCCUUGCAAACCACGCUAUUGCCAGUGGUAUGGCUGCCCAUCACCUUCCGUGUCAGAAACGAAAAGCCAGACAUCAGCACUGCCUCAUGCCUCGUGUUUAAUUCUGGCCAGAUCUCUAUGUCAAUGGGAAUGCCAUCCUCGGGAUACACAUUGCCCGUUUGGGAUCAUAUUUAUGAUAACUUCUAUAAGUCACACACACCAAAGCUUGAGCUGUCGGAGAGUGAGGUCAUGUUGUAUAAUGCAGAGAUUGCUUUUAUUUCCAAACUGAGUCAAGAACUACCAGGGGUGCGGGGGGACAAUAAUGCAAAGAAGCAUGAUGAAAUGAAAAGUGAUAACAAUGUGAGUGUUGAAAAUGGAAGCGGUGAAAGUGAUAAUAGUGACGGUAGUGAAAUUGAGAAUGUAACAGAUGAGAAUGCUGCUGGUGCUGGUGACGGCAGUGAUUUCAUUGAAGAUGAUGAGACAGGCUAUAUUGGUGGAGCUGGUAAUGAAUGGAUGCAUAUAGGGGAAUAAUAAGAAGGAAAUGAUAAUUACAAGGGGAAUGAAGAGCGUUUAAAAUUCUUACUAGGGCAUAGGACCUUUAGUGAAUGGAUAGCCCACAGAGAGUUAUUAUUACGGGCAAAGUUGAAGGCACCAGAGAUGGUGUGCUCAAAUCACUUCACAUAUGCAAUUAAAACUGCACGAGGUCAUGCGCUUGGCCAGGAAUAGAAGCCUAUGGAGGAAUCUGGUCUUCAACAGAAGGACAUGAUGUCACGAUCCUCAGCAUUGAUGGACCGACUAAAGAAGAGUGCAAAUAUGGUAUAUAUUAAUGUACAUAGCAACAAGGUUUUUUCUAACCAAUUUAUUUCUUUGAUAAUAUGCAUUCUUAUUUUUGUGAAAUAAUAAAUAUUUCCAGCCAUACCAUA